AUGGCUCCGACCGCGGUAAAUAUGCCCAUGGAACAGUUGACCGUGCACAGUGCCUCCUACCGGCCGCUCCCGCUCCCGUUGCGGGUGUGUCGCUGUCGGACACCCGUUAAACGGUCGCUCGCUCCGUCGUUCGUCACCACUGCACACCGGGAAGCAUAUCGACGGAGAGACCCACAGGAACCGAUCAAGUCGAAGCCACCUCCAGACCACGGGUUCCUGGCCGGAGACGGCGUUGACCGUUUCCACUGCACGUCGUACAAAAUGCAUUACCCAGUAAAAGACGGACUGCACCGCGCUCGACCGGUCACCCCUCCCGUCCGGCCGUCGCUGGUACACGUUUCAAUGGAAGCGGAGACGACUACCGGCAACGCGUACCGCCGUCCCGCUACACCGAAACUUUGGCGACGCCCUUCGAGUGCUUACAUUGUGUCGCCGGAACCGAUGGAGACGACAUCAGUGCACCGAUCUAGUUACAAACCACCACCGUGUAAUUUUGACUCAAAGGCAAAGGCUGACAUCUGCCCUAGACGCGCAUUUGUCGACGAAUCGCUAAGGUCCGCGAUGCCCAUCAAUAGUCACACCACAUACACGACCUCGUAUCACACGAGACAUCCGAAUUUAAAACUUCUGGGACCGAUACCAGAAAAAUUGCGGCAGAUGCAGGGGUCGGAAAAAGCGCCAACGGCCCACAGCUACAAUAUACCGAAUAGCAAUAAAUUGGUUAAAUGUACGAGAAAAAUUGAACACACAACAUAAAUACCAGCUUAUUUGAAUAAUGAGUUUUCAUGAAAAUGCCGUUUUAAAUAUUGUAGUUAUUGCUGGAAUAUAUGUGAUAUAAUUAUGCAUAUAUUGGUAAAUAAUGAUAAUAUAUGCAUAAUGCAGUAUAUGGUUCACAAUUAGCGUGCGAUGAUGCCGGGGUGCAGAGAAAUACGAUAUGCAUGUAUUAUAAUAGGCGAAAAUAGGAAAUCGAUAGAAAAUUAUUUUGAGAUUUAUUAGACUAUACGUUUCAAAUCGAAUCUCAAAUACUAAAUUUGCUACAACACCCCUUAUACGCGCACAAUAAAUUGUGUGCAUUAUGCGAAUAACGCGCGAUACAUAUAGCGUUAAAUUCUUACACCCCUAAAAUGCAUCGGCCGUACA